AUGAGCAGAAACGCGACCAACUAUCCCACGAGAACUCCUCCGGCAGAUCAGGGUAAUUCUGCUGCUAAGCCAUCUGCAAGGAAGGAGGAGCACGAGCGAAUACAACGUAAGCAGCGGGCGGAGAUGAUCCUCGCACAGUAUGAUUUGUUGAUGAAGUACGCCAUGGAGAACAAGCUGUCCAUCCCCCAGACUCGACAGUAUUUUCGAAAGGUGGCUUUGGGAAUCCCUACGGAGCCUGUGAUCAAGAACUGGUUCCCGAGUUGA